CAUCCCAGUUCCUGAUCUUAUAAAUGCUGUUGGCUCUGAAGCGUUGGAACCGGAGAAUGAAAGAGACAGUAGAAAAGUACCAUAGAACAAGACACUGGACCUGCCAGUCCUUUAGUUUUUAUUUCAGUUUUCUUGUUUGCCCAGGUGUGUUAUAGUAUCAGAGAAGAUGGCCACGUCCGCCAGUGCCAGCUUGAGUAAAGCUGUCAAGAAGCAGUACAUGGAUCUUCCUCAGGGGGAUAAAGUCCAAGCCAUGUAUAUUUGGAUUGAUGGAACUGGAGAGGGGCUACGCUGCAAAACCAGGACUCUUGACUCUGCGCCUAAAAGCAUUGAAGAUCUCCCAGAGUGGAACUUUGAUGGCUCCAGUACGUACCAGUCUGAGGGCUCCAACAGCGACAUGUAUCUGAUUCCCAUAGCCAUGUUUCGUGAUCCAUUCCGCAAAGACCCCAACAAACUGGUCCUGUGCGAAGUUAUAAAGUACAACCGCAAACCUGCUGAAACCAACCUGCGAAUCACAUGCAAUAAGGUGAUGGAAAUGGUGGCUGACCAGCAUCCCUGGUUUGGCAUGGAGCAGGAGUACACCAUCCUGAGCACAGACGGACACCCAUUUGGCUGGCCAUCUAAUGGUUUCCCUGGACCUCAAGGCCCAUACUACUGUGGUGUGGGAGCUGACAAAGCAUAUGGCAGAGAUAUCGUAGAGGCUCAUUAUAGAGCAUGCUUGUAUGCUGGUGUCAACAUUUGUGGAACAAAUGCAGAAGUGAUGCCUGCUCAGUGGGAGUUCCAGGUUGGACCUUGUGAAGGGAUCAACAUGGGUGAUCAUCUAUGGGUGGCACGCUUCAUCCUGCACCGUGUGUGUGAAGAUUUUGGUGUUGUUGCCUCAUUUGACCCUAAGCCCAUCCCAGGAAACUGGAACGGUGCAGGCUGCCAUACAAACUUCAGCACAAAAGAGAUGAGGGAAGACGGUGGACUGAAAGCCAUUGAAGAGUCCAUUGAGAAGCUUGGAAAGAGGCACCGCUAUCAUAUUCGUGCCUAUGACCCCAAAGGGGGGCUUGACAAUGCCCGCCGCCUCACCGGCCAUCACGAAACUUCAAACAUCCAUGAGUUCUCUGCAGGCGUGGCUAACCGUGGGGCCAGCAUCCGCAUUCCUCGCAGUGUCGGCCAGGAGAAAAAAGGCUACUUUGAAGACCGCCGCCCAUCUGCCAACUGUGACCCAUAUGGCGUGACCGAGGCCCUGAUCCGGACCUGUUUGCUGAAUGAGGAGGGUGAUGAACCAACGGAUUAUUAAACCAGCAACUCAUAGACUGUCUCCCACUGACCUCCAAGUUUUAUCUUUUCUUUUAAACUAGUACUGUAUACCCUCUCUUUCUCCCACUGAAAUGAUUUUUAACCCACAUUUUUAAUGGCUUCAAGUUGGCUGGUCAACUUAAAACAUGACAAGGUGAUGAGAUUCCUAGUAGUUUUGAGCUGGUAAUGUCAGGGUCUGUCUUUCCCACGUCUUUAGCAGGGAUUGACUUUUGUAACACUGUUUUGUAGCCCAUGUCAUAUCAUUCCCUUGUCUGUCGGUGACUAAAAUGAACUAAAGCACAAGGACACUGCAGAGUAGGGCUGCUAAGGCUGGAUGAUAUAUGUAACUUAAUAAAUCUGACUAGUUUGUGUACUGUUAAUAUAUGUUGACCUGACUUCCACUAUCCAGUCUUCAAUGUUACUAAUGCUCUCAUUUGACUGUGUCUAUUUUUUAAUGGCAAUGUUUGUCUUCAGAUUCUGACACACACUGGGUCAACUUGUAUGGUACACUUUGUAGAUGUCUGUACCCAGACGUAAGUUGUUAUAAUGUGGUGGAUCUAUCCAUAAUGCCAUUUGUAGAUUUCCUCAAGGAGUUUUAUCCUUUUGUUAACUGCGAUAUUGUAAUGCACCUGAUUUGGUAAAACAUCAAGUUUACUGAACCUGGUGUUUUUUUAUUGAUACAUUUAAAACUUUUAUUUUUUAUCACAA